AUGUUAAGACAGCCGAAAGAAUUACGAAAAUAUCAAAACAACGUUGAUGUUUGCAGAGACAGAUACCUAUCCGGCAAAAGCGACAGGAGAAUUUACCAUGGCCAUUGGUUAAAACAUCACGUAGGACCAUGUAUUUUCACUGAAAUGAUAAAUACCAUCGGCCAACACGAAGCGUUUUUUCAUCGACAACUGAACAAUCAUCAGAAUAUCAUUCAGACAUACGGCGAACUGGAAAAUGUGGAUAACUUUGUUAUUUAUAUACAAGAAUUUGCUCCGUAUGGCAAUCUCGCUGAUUCAUUGUACGAAGAGCCUUUACCGCAAACGGUUUUAUUGGAAAUAUUUCUACAAAUUGCAAGCGGAAUGAGUUAUAUAGCUAGUCAAGCGAUUGUUCACGGAGAUUUGACUUGUCGAAAUGUUUUAUUAUGUCGAAACGAUCUGAACCAAGCGAGAAAUAAUUUGGUGAAAAUAACAGAUUUCCGUCUAGCACGUUUUUUGAACGACAGCAGACUUGAUGCGACGAAGCUUCUCGUGUCAAAACGAUAUUGUGCGUUAGAAAUCCUACGAUGUAAUAUUGCAUCGAAUUAUACUGAGAAAUCAGAUAUUUACUCCAUGGGUGUAUUGAUGUGGGAAGCUGUAUCAAAUAGUGAAGUUCCUUAUUCACAUAUUGCGGAUGAGAAUGCUGUCGUACGAAUCAAACUACAGGAUGUUAAAUUAGAACGACCAAAGAAUUGUGAUGAUCAAAUGUGGACUCUUAUGAAUCAAUGCUGGAAUGAUAAACCAGACCUUCGACCGAAUUUUAACGAGCUUAACAUUUGUUUAACUACGAUUCAACUCACCGAUAUCCCAGAAAUUCAAAAAUCAAGGUCAACAUACGAACCAGCAAAUGGUUUUCCGUAUGAAUUGAAUGUUCAUGUGACGAAAAAAGACCUCCUCGGAGGAAAAUUUCGUCAAAUUUUUGAAGCUGAAUGGUUGAUUGAUGAUCGAAGAGCGAUUGUUUUGAUUGCAAUAAACGAUGCACCAACACACAAUGAAUUGUUAUGUUACGAAAAUCUUCGAAGAUGUCAAUAUAUAACUGAAACAUAUGGAUUCGUUCAGAAUAGUAUCGGAAUAACUUUAUUAUUGCAAGAACGCGCUCCACAUGGCCAUCUUCAAGAGUUAUUAGAGAAAAAGAGCAUGGUUUCAUCGACAGAAGUUCUCAUUUCAAUCUUUAAACAAAUCACCGAAGCAAUGAUCUAUAUGAUCGAUAACAAAAUGAUUCAUGGAGAUUUACGUUGUGCGAAUGUCCUUGUCUUCCAAAUGGAUUCGUUAAACCUUGAUAAAAAUCUAAUUAAACUAAGCAAUUUUGCAUUCGCACGACCAGAUAAUCCAGAUCUUACAUAUGAUGAUGCACUACCACAUCCUCCACUAGAAUAUUGUGCACCCGAGAUUCUUCGAAGUGUCGGUCGACGAAAUUAUUCGAAUUUCUCUGAGAGUUAUUCGAUGGGAGUACUAAUGUGGCAGGCUUGUUCCCAAGGCAGACUUCCAUAUCAAGGACUAUCAAUACGACAUAUACGAGAAAAAAAUUUACGUGGAGAUAUAUUGCCAAGACCAUUUACGUGUGAUCGCCAGAUUUGGGCAAUUAUCAAAGGUUGCUGGCUUAUGGACCCAAAGAGUCGGAACAGUUUCAAAACGAUUAAAGAAAAACUGUUCAAAAUUGACCUUCGAUCAUCCUUUCGCUUUGAACUUGAUGUUAAUUGCACAAAACACGAUCGAAUCCAUGGAAAAUACGGACGAACAUUUUACAAUGUUACAGCCAGAGGAUAUGAUAAAUCCUCAAUUGUAUUAGUUGAAUUGAAUAGCGAUACAUCAGAACGUGAAGCGUCGUUCUAUAUAGAGCUUAGUUCAUUCCCACAUAUAGUACCUACGUUUGGUUUAGUUAGAAACAAUCUUGGUAUAACUAUGUUGAUACAAGAACGUACUCAAUUUGGUGAUUUACGAACAUUAUUACAAACGAAACAAUUCGUUCCAUCUUUGAGAAUCUUGUUGAAGAUUUUCUUACAGAUUAUUGAUGCGAUGAUUUACAUCGUCAGCAAAGAUCUCGUACAUGGUGAUCUUCGUUGUGCAAAUGUAUUGAUGUUUGAAAUGAAUUCGUCUGAACCUCAAAAAAUUCUAAGUAAACUAACAAAUUUUGGGUUAACUUGUACGAAUGAUAAGUCAUUUAACAAUACGCGACAAACGCCCAUUCCGGUGAGAUAUUGUGCCACAGAAAUUCUUCAAACGCACGAUGCAUCGAUGUACUCGGAAUCUGCAGAUAUGUAUUCAAUGGCUACAUUGAUGUGGCAAGCAAGUUCACAAGGAGAGAUUCCUUAUGGUUUCGAUACGGAUGACGCAAUUGUUCGUCAGAGAAGAUUGGAUGGCGAGAAGCUACCAAAGAUAGCAGGCUUCCCUGAAGGGCUAUGGAAAGUUAUGGAAGAGAGUUGGUCUGAAACGCCGGAAGUACGACCUAGUUUUACUGUCCUCAAGCAACUGUUACAGAAAGUUGAAAUUCGAGAUUCACAUACUCUUCCUCAGUCUUCGGUUAGUCCAUCAAGUAGAAAUAGCAUGCCAUCCGAUCGUCAAAAUGGGCAUACCCUAAAUGCCGUACCCUCAGCCAAAAAAGAUAACCAACUUAAUUAUCAAAAUUCAUCGGUUAAACCAGAUCCUAUUCAGACGUCAUCAACAAAUAAACAUUCCCCUGCUACUGAUGAACCACAAUCUUUUUUCAUAUGUGACAAGUGUGGUCGAGAGGUUCCUACUCAACGAACUGCUAUCCACGCGGCAUUAUGUCAAUCAGUGAAAGCGAUUUCCACACCCAAAUCUUUGCGUCCAGAGCCUGGUUUAUGUGCACGCGUUUGCUCGUGUCUACCUUGCUUCAAUAAUCUUAAAGAUAGGUCACCAACUUACCAGACAACAUAA